AAGGACAAAAAAACAAUCUGAAAAGUUGGGAAGGGGAAAAAGCUCACAUCCUUUUUCUCAUCCUCUUUCCCCUCAAUUUCUGGUGAGCAAUACUAACACCCACUGCCCCAAAUCUUCUCCAUUUGUAACACUGGUUCCCUUUCGCAGAGAGUGAGCUUGUUCAGUUGCAGCUAUUGCUGGUUUUGGUGUGUUUUUGAGAACUGCUUUUGGAGCUUGCAAAAUGAUUCAUGGAAGUAGCUCUAUCGCCCCUGGUGCUAAGACUAACAGCGGAUCCUUCGAGUUUGGCAGGACCCAUGUGGUCAGGCCCAAGGGAAGGCAUCAGGCUACCAUUGUGUGGCUUCAUGGCCUAGGAGAUAAUGGAGCAAGCUGGUCUCAGCUUCUGGAAACUCUUCCUCUUCCCAAUAUCAAAUGGAUAUGUCCGACUGCCCCCACUCGACCUGUAGCUAUUUUUGGUGGUUUUCCUUGCAGUGCUUGGUUUGAUGUUGGGGACCUCUCAGAGGAUGGUCCUGAUGAUGUUGCGGGCAUGGAUGCAUCUGCUGCACAUGUUGCAAACUUGUUAUCAACUGAACCUGCUGACAUCAAACUUGGUGUCGGUGGCUUUAGCAUGGGUGCGGCAACCGCAUUGUACUCGGCCAGUUGCUGUGCUGUUGGGAAAUAUAAAAAUGGUAGUGCAUACCCUGUCAAUAUUGGUGCAGUUAUAGGUCUCAGUGGCUGGCUUCCAUGUUCCAGGACUCUCAAGAAUAGGGUGGGAGAGUCACAAGAUGUGGUUGCACGAGCUUCCUCCUUGCCCAUUUUACUUUGUCAUGGAAAAGGUGAUGAUGUAGUUCUGUAUAAACAUGGGGAGAGAUCUGCAGAGGUCCUUAAAUCAACUGGGUUCCAAAACGUUACUUUUAAAAAUUACAGCGGGCUUGGGCAUUACACUAUUCCAGAAGAGAUGGAUGAUGUGUGCAAGUGGAUUACUGCAACAUUUGGACUGGAUGGUUAACACUCAUGAGAUUCAUUCAGGAACCAUUUUUAUAUUUUGAAUAAUACCAUCAUAUGAAAUGCGAAUUAUUAUUAUUAUUAUUAUUAUUGUGAAUGAAUAGGUACAAGGAUUUAUAUGUGACCAACUUUGAAUGGAUGGAUGUGGGUGAUGAGUGAUGCUAUAUUAAAUUUGCUCCAUUGGUUUUUUA